AUGACUAACAUUUCCUCAAAGGGUAAAUCUAAUAUGGAAUCUAAUGUGGAUUACUAUUACGAUAUCAAUAGGAAAUUGUUGUCGUUGGCCGGUCAAUGGCCGUAUCAGAAACCAAAGGAGAAACGGUCCUUCUUGAUAUUGUUGCUUAUAUUUUUAAGUAACGUGAUAUUCACACAGGUAGCACAAUUUUGCAUAUGCGAAGACGCGCAGUGUAUUUAUCAAACUUUACCUCCACACAUGUUAGCAAUAAUGGUAUUAGUGAAAAUAUUUACAUUUUAUUUUAACAGACAAAAGAUUAAAGUUCUUACAGACCGCUUAUUCAUAGACUGGAAUAUGUUCGAGAAUGAAGAUGAACGUGAGAUUAUGAAAAAAUACGCUGAGACUGGCAGGUGGUACUCGUUGAUAUACGCUUCCUAUGUUUAUAUAGGUACCCUCUCAUUUACAACAACUGCUCUUGUGCCACGCAUCUUGGACAUCGUGUUUCCUUUAAACACUUCCCGUUCGAUAAUGUUAGCAUAUCCUGCGUGUUAUUUCGUUGACGAGGAGCAAUAUUUUUACUACAUUUUUUGCCAUAUGUUAAUUACCGCGGCAUUAAGUAUGACUGGACUUAUCGCGCACGACUGCAUGCUCUUUGUUUACAUCGAACAUGUUUGUGGCCUUUUUGCCGUGAUUGGAUAUCGAUUUAAACAUUUGCAUAAAAAUGAUAAUGAAAAAAAGAGUAUGAUUAAUUAUCCGAAUGACGUGUCUUACAAAAAUAUUGUGUUUGCAGUUAACGCUCAUCGAAAAGCCUUGCAAUUCGUGGUACUCCUUGAAAAUACUUUUACAGUACCGUUUACUAUACAAAUUCUAAUAGUUACAGUCGGCAUGAGCAUUACUUUAGUACAAUUCUCGAUACAGCUGCACAAUUUAGCGGAAGCAACGAGAUAUAUAGUUUUCAUUAUCUGUCAAUUGAUCCACUUAUUUUGCUUCAGCUUCCAAGGACAAAAAUUGAUAAAUCAUAGUCUCGAAACUUGUGACAAAAUAUUUUAUAGCUCAUGGUAUGAAAUACCCGUGAAUGCGCAGAGAUUACUCUUGAUGGUGUUGAGAAAAAGCAUCAUAGCUAGUACUUUGACUGCCGGCAAGAUAUAUGUAUUUUCCUUAGAAAGUUUCACGACGGUCUUGCAAACUUCGAUGUCGUAUUUUACGGUCCUAUCAUCCUUCAACGAAUAAAUUGACAGCCAAAACAGCAAUAGUAGCAUGUGUAACAUGAAAAAUAUCUCACUUUGAUCUGGUUUCCUCCGCCCUUGCGAUUAAUUUAUAUUCACAUUAAAAUUGAUGCAAAUGAUUUUAUUCUACGCAUAAAAACAUA